AUGUUGACUCAAAACAAGGACCAAGUGCUGCUACAGAACGCAGCACCCCCUGGGCACCCUCCUCGGGGCCCCUCACAAAUUGUGGACUCCCUUCCCUGCAACCUACGACCUCAACCUCCCCAACAAUCACUCCGUCACACCCACCCACCUUGCUCUCCUCCCCCAUGGUCCCACUCUGCAGGCUCCCAUUUCUACUCUUCUGACUCAAAUUCGGACUUUGUCCUACAUCCCUACUCUUCUUCUCUCCCAAGUUCCCCUUCUUUCUUUCAUCAGAAUUGCCUCUCUUUCUCCCCACCACAUUCUUCCUCGCCCUCCCACUGGCUAUACCCAUCUCCUACUCUCACUCACUCCUCUUCUCCCUCUCAGCCACAGAACUCCUCUCUCCUGGGCUCACGUUGCCAGUCUCCUUCCCACCCCGAAGACCUACCUAGGUCCACUCUCACCUCCCCAAGCCCCAGUCUACCUUCUCGUGGGGUUCACUCUAACAGCCAGACAUGCCACUCGCAUCAGUACAGGAACACCGGGUCCCCUGGGGGGGAGGGGGGAUGCGUGGCAAGCGAGAGGGACCCUGCAGAGUUCAGGGACCCAGGAGCCCUGGCCCAGGCCCUGGUUGUUCAUCUGGGGCACCGCCGUAUCGCCCACGACCUGCGGCUACUGCUUCUGCAGCGCCUGUGGCAAGGCAGAACCGGCAAGGCCCCGGUUGUGGAGUAUCCUGUCUGUCUGGUGUGUCUCCGGCCCCGCAGCCCCUCUUGCCCUAUCCCCAGGUACAGGACUGGACCCAGGCUACUUGCUUUCCCCCAACUACUGCCCUGUGCGCAGGGCCGGGAAUCCGGACCACUGCGCAUCGGCAUUGGCUUUGGCCUCCGCCUGCCUCGGGGCCAGGCCAGGGCCUUGCAUCUGUUGGCAGAAAGAAGGCCGGAGGAAGUAGGGCCUCGGGGAGAGGCUGCUCAGGCCCGUGGAUGUCAAGCCCAGGCAUCUCAAGCCCCAGCAGCUCAGGCCCAGGCAGAUCUAGGCCCAGGCACCCCCUCCCAGAACGGGAGCUUCAGGUCUGUAGGCCCUCAAUCACCAAACUCGAUGUGCUGUUCAGGGUCUCAGACUCAGGCACCAAAACAGGCCACUGUCUCCCUGAAGCCCAGACCUUCCUCUGCCUCAAAGAGGCCUGCCUCUCCAGAGCCCAUUCCCCGAAAGUCACCACUCUAG